UUGUUCUUGUAAUCCAUAGGAAUAUAAAAAAAACAAUUAUAAUGUGUAAACGGGUGAAUCGCGAAAACAUGAAUUUCUCUCCCUUGCGGCAAAUUGACGUGCGCCGUGAAGAGGCGGGAAUUUGUACAUUACUUCGAUGCGCAGAAGCCGGAAUACUGGAUGCAUCGAGCUUUAUCAGGAAUGGAUGCGUCGGGGCACCCAGCAGAAAUAGCUGAGACGGCACUCGAAUAUAUUGUCCGAAAGUGUUGUUACAUUAGUGUUUUAAAAAAUAAGUGCUCAUCAAGUACUAAAUCUAAAUUAUUCUCAUCAUCAAGUACACUCGUAACUUGUUGCUUCACCUCCAAAGUAAAAAAAAAAAUAAAAAAUAAAUUUAAAAAAAGGCGAAACAUGUUGCCGCUGUUAAUGUAAUUGAUACAGAUGUGCCGGAUCUAAUGAGACAUAAUUAAUCUACGUUUGUUGACAAAUCGCGCUAUUAAAUUAAAGUGUCGUGCGACAGUCUUAAACGAGAAACUCAUUAAACAAUAUCAACGAGCGCCUGACGAAAGGAUUAUGCAUUGUACCUCGCACCGGCACUGCACAUAUCGUGCCAACUAAAAGUGUUGGAAACACUUGCCAUGUACUAUUUGCAAAACGUUAAGAACGUUUAUGUGUGAGAUGUAUGCAAAUUAAAGUAUGUGAGUGUUUGGAAGACCGCAGUUAAAAGGAGCUCGGCACCGUGUCACAAAAUCAUACCUAUAUAGAAAUCUAAACGGCAGUCCAAUAAAUGACUUGCGUCUGCACAUUUCAUAUGUUUAAUAUGUUGCGUCGAAAUUGAAUAAACAGUAAACGCAGAGACUGCAUCUCGUGAUACGCGAUAAGAAUGCAAAGUGAUUGUACUACAUCAAGUGACAAUAAAAUAACGAGAAGGGAAGCUAUCACUGUGUCUUGUCACGUCACAUCGACGCAACUGCAACAUAAAUCAAUUCUACUAAAAUCCAUUUAAAGGUCAUCGUGCUGUACCGCCUUCCGCUUUUCUUCUCAUUCACGACUUGACUGACUUGAUGGUUUGAGAUCACCACGCGAAGAUGACUGAAAACAAUAGCACGACGGUAAACGAACUCUAUCGCGAAAUCGACGUUCUCUUGCAGGACAUCCAGCGAUAUUACUCGCCGAUUCUCGUGCUUCUGGGCCUGCUGGGCAACUGUUUGUCCGUUUGCGUGUUCUUCGGCACGAAGCUACGUUAUUCCUCGUCCAGCAUUUACUUGGGAGCGCUGGCGAUAAGCGACAGCGGCUUCCUAAUGGUGGUCUUCGUGUCCUGGCUAAAAAUGGUGUACGUGGAUCUAUUCAAUCGGCAGGGCUUCUGCCAGUUUUUUAUCUAUUUCGCGACUCUCUGUAGCUUCCUUAGCGUGUGGUUCGUGGUGUCCUUCACCGUCGAGCGGUACAUAGCAGUCAGGUGGCCGCUACGUCGCCAAUUUUUGUGCACGGUAGCCCGGGCGAAAAUGACGGUGAUGGGAUUAACGGUAUUAGCGAUUCUGCUGAGCAGCCCGGUGCUCCUGUUCUCCAAACUCGACAAGAACUCGACCAUCUGCGGUCACAUCGACAAGGACUGGAUGUCCUGGGCGAUCGCCUACAACACCUUAGAUAUCGUCAUGACAUUCGCCGUGCCCCUGACCACGAUAGUGAUCUUCAAUACGCUGAUAGCGCGCAACGUCUACAAGCUCGAUCAUGUCCGAAGAACUUUGACCAUAGAAUCCGACGUUUCCAACGAGAGAAUUCAUACUCCACGGGACAGAAUGCCACAGACUAAAGUCACGAAAAUGCUUCUGGUCGUUUCGAGCGCGUUCUUCUGCCUCAAUAUGCCUGCAUUCGUCCUUAGGGUGCUCGCUUACCUCUACGCGUACCUCUACGAUAAACCGAUGAUAUGGCUAAUUUUGGCGCAACAAAUGGGCCAAUUAUUAUUCAACACGAGUUUCGGAAUAAACUUCAUUCUUUACUGCGCGAGCGGGCAGAAUUUUCGCAGAGAGAUGUUUCACAUGUGUACGAAGCGUUCAAGUACUACGAGAAGUGGAACUCUCAUGCAGAUGGCGAGUCAUGGAAAACAGUGUGUUUCAGAAUUCACGCGCAAGUAUAGCUCGACAAAGCGGUCGCACUUUGCCGAGAAUGCACAACGGAAAAACUCUCAGGAAACGCAAAAGCUCUCAGUCAAUAAAGGAUUAUGAUAUGUUGAAACAUCAGUUUCUUUCAAAUAACCGAAAUAAAUGCGUGUUAGAUGGAGACAAUCAGAGAAGAAUAUGUAACGUAUCGAGACACAGUAUUACAGUGCACAAGGACAAAGACAUUGAUUUUAAA